AAUGAUUGAAAAAAAUAAGUCUAAGGUCAUAAUAGUCUACUUAUCCAAUUUCACACCACACCUUCCAUCUUGGGUCCACGAACCUGCUCCCGAAGCUCACUUUCAUACUCUUGCAUUCCAUAUAUAAACCCUUCCACUCUUUCUUUACUCUCAUCUUCAAAUCUCACAACUUAUCUUCGACCUUUCUUAUCAAUGUCAACUUUUGAUGAACUAGCAGCUCUUGAUUUCAUUAGACAACACCUUCUCAGUGAAUACGAAACCCCUAAUAACCUUCUUUCUGAAUCUGAUCUAUCAGUUUCUGAUUAUUCUGAGGAACAACACAUAUCUGAUUUCCCAAUAAACCUUACGGUACAUGAAUCCGUUAACAAGAGAACCGAAAACUCUCACUCGAAUAACAAUUCGGAGAAAUCAGAGUCCGCUGAGGAGGUGAAGGUACACUACAGAGGAGUAAGACGAAGGCCUUGGGGAAAGUACGCAGCCGAGAUUCGAGAUCCGAAGCGUAGCGGUGCGAGAGUGUGGUUGGGGACGUUUGAUACUGGUGUUGAUGCCGCUAAGGCGUAUGAUAGAGCCGCAUUUCAGAUGCGCGGUUCGAAAGCGAUUUUGAAUUUUCCUCUAGAGGUUGAGAAUUUAAAGGAGGAGUUAACUGGAGGAAAUGAAGCUUUAAUCAUAACUUCCGGCAGUGGGUGCAGGAAAAGAAUGAGGGAUGAGAGUGAGAUGGAGGUAGUUGUGAAGAAGGAAAAGUUGUUAGAGACGGUUAGUUUGCCGUUAACGCCGUCAAGUUGUAUGGCGGGUUGGGAUUUUAAUUGGGGGAACAUGAUGUUGUCGCCGUUAUCUCAGUUUAUGGUGAUUUGAGAGUUUGAAUUUGGUUGCUUGUAUAUUUGAUUUUCAACGCACAAUUAUUUGUUAAUUCUUUUA